AGAAAACGUAAUGUUGUCCCUUCGAAAAAACUAAGAAAGCCAGCGUACCGUAAAUCAUGGUUCUGCGACGAAGUCGUUUCCGACGUUGGUCUGUCUCGUUUGCUGAAUCCGUACGACGAACGAUGGUACGAGGAGGAAACAGUCCACUUCCAGAGCCACUUCUGCUGGUCACUACAAAAUAGGGUUUGA